UUCUUCUUACAGAUAGUAAUAACUCUCGUUGUCCUGGCGGUGGCUUCGGCAGAGCACUUCCGGUCCCAGCAGUUCGCCGGCUUCAACGGAGGCUUCAACGGCGGCUACAGCGGGGGCUUCAGCCGCGGCGCGCACAUACCCAUUCUGAGCUACGAGAACGUGAACAACGGAGACGGAAACUACAGAUACAGCUAUGAGACCGGCAAUGGCAUCAGGGCCCACGAAAAUGGAUCCCCCCGCGCCCAGGGGCCCGAGGGCCCAGCGGUGACGGCGGAUGGUGCCUUCUCCUACACCGCCCCCGACGGCCAGCAGGUGUCACUGACUUACACGGCCGACGAGAACGGCUUCCACCCCGUGGGCUCACACAUACCUACCCCGCCGCCCAUCCCGGAAGCCAUCCUAAAAUCCCUGCAGUUCAACAGGCAGAAUCCUUCAUCGGAGGGAUCCUACAACAGUGGAAGAUAUAACAAUGGUUAUCACUACUAAAUGAAUAUCUACGAUAUUUAUUUAUAUACAAACAAGUGACUACAAUGCUAUGCAAAUUUUAAUUUAUAUCCUCAAAUCCUGUUUUUUUUGUAAUACAAGUUAUUGAUUACUUUCUGCAUAAUAACGCAUAUUAUUUAUGUUUUACCUACAAUAAGUACCUCAUCAAUGACAAACUCGAACUUUAAUUUAUACUUCACAUGAUGUUUGUUCAG